UUUGCUUUUCUGCUCAUGAAAGCCAACAAAAACGCCACAGUACAGCUCAGAUCGUGGGAAUGAAUGUAUAUCUAAUAUAUAUAAAUAUAUGUAAGGCGAUCGCAAUACAAUGGAGGUCUGCACAGAUUUCAUUAAUUGGGGUAGGGGAAGCAUCGAGGCGUGUCGCACCUGCGGAACAUAUUUUGACACCGACGAUGGUCUGAUUAAACCAAUAUUUGAACCGACGACCGGUGUCGAAGCUAAAUCCGAUGUUGGAAUGGCCGAAAUACUGAAAGAGAUGGGCGCCUGGAAUUUGUUGGUAACAAAGGAGGACGGUCGUCCGCAGUACAUGUGCAUUUCCUGCAUUGCCGAAUUCCAGAGAUUGUUGAAAUUCAAGUGUAGCUGCCUCGAGACUCAUGAGCAGUACGUGGGGCAUCAGCUAACCAGUACUGGGAUAAAUAUCAAAAAGGAACUCGACCACCAGUCGGAGGAGAAGUUCUGUGGCUUCAUUUAUCUGGACUCUGACGAGGAAGUGAGCGACGAAGAUGGCAGUCGACGGGUCUCCGCUGCAUUCGAUAUGCCACAUGUGCCCAUCAAGGAAGAGCACAUGGCCCGAGUGCCGGCACAACAGAGUGAAAUGAAAUUUGUGCCGCCACAACCGCAGGCACUGCUUCCUCCGCUUCCUCCGGUGGCUGUAAAAACAGAGGACGACUACGAGUUCAAGUUUCAGAUUGCUCCCGAAGAAAAAUUAGAUCCAGAUGCUGGUGGCAUCCCCUAUGCAAGUGCAAGCAAUGCCAAUGCCAUGUCCUAUGAUAGUGGAGGCAAUCCCAAUGCCAUAUCAUAUGAAAAUGAGAGCCAAUCAAACGCCGCCAUAUCCUAUGAGAAUGAAAAUGAGAGCGACGAAGAAGAAGUCGUCAAAUUCACCUAUGACGAUGAUGAAGAUGCCACGACAAUUCCCCAGCCUAUAAAAUCAACGUCUGUGCUCUGUAAGAUCUGCUUCCACGAGUUCCCCAGUCAGGAGCUUCAACAGACGCACAUGCAGCACAUGCACCUUUUCAAGGAUUGGGAGUGUCAUCUCUGUGGCAAAAAGUUCAUUAAUUCCAAAGAGUCACUCAUCAAGUUGCACAUCAAAUUUCACAAACUGCAGCGACGUUUGAAAUGUCCGAUUUGUGGCUUCUUUUGCAACUCAAAGGAAACCCUCAAGGAGCACAAACGAGCUGUGCACUCGCGCACCGUCUGCCAAUAUUGUGGCAAAGUUAUGAAACCCAAUAUGCUGCAGUCGCAUAUGAUGAAGCACAUGCAUGAACGUGAAGCUGCGUUGGCCCAAAAGCUGACAUCUGCAGAGAGUCCAGGUACUUCUGCUUCAGACCAGAGGCUGAUGCCUGUUGAGUGUUUUGGUCCUAUCUCUUCACCCAAAAAGAAGCUUAAAGUUGUGAACCAUAUACGUCCACCGGCUGCAGCUCAGAAACUGACAAUUGUGGACCAGCCAGAGACCUCAUCUGCAGGCCAGAAGCAUGCCUUAAUGCGAAGUCCAGUUCCGUUUUCUUCAAUGCCUUCUGCUGAAAAGAAGCUUAAAUUUGAGGAACUUACAGAUGCUUCUCCCAUCCAGAAGCAGCAGCAGCUGGAUGAGGGACUUCCGGUGACCUUUUCUCCAAUUACGCUGCAUUCUCCAGUCCAGCAGCAUCAGCAACUGCAUUCUCCAGUCCAGCAGCAGCAGCAACUGCAUUCUCCACUCGAGCAGCAGCAGCAACUGCAUUCUCCAUUCGAGCAGCAGCAGCAGAAGCUGCCAACCGAGGAACAGGAGCAGGAGGAUCAGCACAAAACUGAAGACAGUCCACUAGUGAAUUACUCUCCCGUAAUGCCCAUUUGUGUCAUACAAUGCGCAUUCUGUAGCGAUAAUUUUGAGGAGGCCCAGCAACUGCAGGACCAUGUGCUGGCCAAACACAAGGAUAUGAAUAGUCCACCACCGAAAACCAAGCCACCACCGCUGCUUCGGCCCUCACCAAAAGCCAUGGACAUAGACAUGGACACCGAUGACACUUCCUCCCAAUCGGAUUCAACGAUUUCUGCUAAGGAACGCUCCUCCACACUGGGUGUAAGCCAGAAUAGCAGCUCUCGCAGCUACAAUUCCUCCAACAACGAUUCGUACAACAAAUCCUAUUGCAAGUGUCACAUAUGCGGCAAGCCAUUCGAUUUGAAAAUCAAACUUAAUCGACAUCUCAAGCAGCACAACAAGGCGCCCUUCUAGGCGGAUCUACGCCACGUUUUUUUUUGUGAUUUUUCGUUGUUGAAAUAGCAGCACAUUCUGGAUUGCAUCCGUAAUAUAUGUAUUCUUAUGCGUACGACUGGGUUCCAGUUAUUAUUGUUCACAAUUCAUAUGCACAAAUAACAUCAGUUCUUCCUUAGGAAAAUGCAUUUGCCAUGCUCUCAUUUAUGUACUGUUUAAGCUAAUCGUAGUUUAAGCUAAGAAUUAAAGUGGAUAAAUUAAAGAUUUACAUACAUAUAUACUAUAUGUGGUACCAUAGGCAAUGAUGCUAACGUUCAUCAUCAAAGCAAGGAUUGUAGAAGGAAUCCUUGAAGCAAAUGGCUGGCCCCAAUGGCCGUCAAGUAGUCCAGCAAUAAAUAAAGUUUAACGUUUCCACAUGGAAAUUUAAAAAACAAAAUUCUGAAUUAAAAUCUUCUUUGAACAACAAUUUAGAGCAUUAUUUGGUAAGAUGCUCAAGUUCAUAUAUGAAUAAAAAAUAAAUGCGUUUUUUAAACAACUUUACGGCAGUUAAUAAAAAUGUUUGUUUUAAACAGUU